ACGCCAAAACUCUCAAUGGAUUAAUAAAAAUGUGCAUUGAAAAUUCAUUAGAAUUGCGGUGAAUUCGGAUAAAAUAUCAGUUUUUGUGAACGUCGCACGCUGCUGUGUCGCCACAGUUGUGCACGCACCCUGAGCACAACUUCGCAACUGCACUUCACAUCACUACGCUGAAGCGAAAGGUUGAUGCCACCGAAACCGGUAAGUCGCGUACAAAUUACGUGAAUGCCAACGUGAGCGCAACACGAAGACGUCGAAACGCACAAAAAGCGACGUGAACGGAAGAGCAAAAAGUAAACUUAAUUAGAAAGAUUUGUCGCACGUCCUUACCUCUAUGAACUUAUAACAACACCAACGCCAACACCAACAGCGACUACAGCAACAGCAACAAAAACAACAACAGUCAUAAGAGAAAAGUCUGGCACUGAAACUGCACACAAUCUCCACUUCCGAUAUCAAGUUAAGGCUAAAUGCAAUAAAAUUCCGAUUAAAAUAAAGCCCCUGACAUUUGCAGCUGCUAAAUCCAGCAAAAAGUGAAAGAAAACUUAGGCAUUAAAAUCGAAAGGAGGCAAUGUGCGCCCAGCCCAACCUCGCGCUCGUUAAUAAUAUUGGCCGUAUAGACCAAUAAACCACCAAAAUAGUCAUUCUGAAAACAAGCGUAAACGUUAUUUAUACCAUCAGAGCUGUGAUAUACAAAAAAAAAAAAAAAAACACACACACAUAUAUACACAAGAAUAACAAAAAAGAUAUCAAACUAAAAGACAUACAAAGCACAAAAGAAACCUAAAAAAAACAAAAAAAAAGUAGUAAAGGCCAAAUAAAGUGAAAUUGCAAAGUGAAAUUUCAGAAAAAAGCAAAUCUUACGCCUAGCUAUUUUAACAAACUCUUAGGUAUGUAUGCGCACACACUCAUGCACAUAGAUUGGUAAUACCCUAAGCCAUCAGUAGCAUUUGUUGACGAAGCAACAGCGCAUAAAAAAGGCUCAUAGAGUAGAUUUACUCUUACGAGGCCACCGGCUGAGAAAAUUGUUUUUAAUACGGCAACAAAACGGCCCAACUAUUGCCCAUUGCCAUAAUAAGUAAUUUCGCACAGGAGCCACAAAACACAAAACAGAGGCAAGCUAAACAGUUGGCGUAGGCUACGUCAGCGUUAAAGGACUUGGCAAGUCAUCGGUCUGCAAACGCUGCAAGCCGUUCUAGCGGGCUUUAAAAGCAAUAAAUGACGUGCGCCCAAUUGCCGUCAACUUUAUUUUGAAGCACUUGCUGGCUUGGCUCACACUCGCCCACACACACACACAUAUGCUCCACAUAAAUACUUCACAGGAAUCAGUGUUUGUGUGUGCGCGUUGAGGUUUGUGUUUUUCGCAGGAAAUACAUUUAUUUUAGACGAGGUGCUACUGGAGGGAGUGUGAGAGAGAGAGAAAGUGAAAAAGACCAAUCGACAGCAAAGCGCUGACUGGCAGAGCUGCUAACGAAAUCGGUUGGUGAACCCCAGAGUAAUUUAUUAAAACGAACUGCCAAAUCCGGUACACGCAUCCAAAUAGCAAACGGUCAGAACGCUUACGCACAUUCUUUUGGUUAUUCGUCGUUGGUUUUUUGUUUUGUUUGUUUGUUACACGUUUUGAAAACUAUUAACACGCAACCGAGUAGCCAGUUGGUCGAGUGUACGUCGUUACAUUCCCACCCAAACGCACGCAAAAGCUCGCAGGACCGCAUUCGAGCACACUCAUCGCGAUAUCAUUAAUUUAGAACGGAAUGGCAACGACUACGACGAUCUUUGCAACAACACAAAUACCACCAACAACAACAGCGACAACAACAAUGGUCCAUGCAACAACUAAGGUCGCUGCUAAGGCAACAGCGCAGAAGGAGGAAGUGAAACAUUCAAGUUCAUCGCUGUCAUCGUUAAUCACAUGUUUUAUAUCCUGUUUCAUCGUGGUUGUGUGUUGCCUCCGUGUGCCAACAACAGAGGCUAUGUCAGCGUCAGCGUCAGCGACUGUGACAGCGACAUUGCCAGCAGGAGCAGCAGCAUCAGCCAAGGUAGCAGCAGUGGCCGACGUUAGUGAAGAUAGUGCGACAACCACUGCGGGCCAAGCUGGUAGCAAACUGAGGGCCGUUGGUGAUGGUGGUGACGGUGGUGGCGGUGGUGGCGGUGGCGGCAGCGCUUUGAGCUGGGAUCAUGCCGUCGAUUUGAAUGAGGAUUUUCGCAUUUUAUGGACAAUCAUUAAUCAGGAUAUUACGUUCGAAAUACAGGCACGUACGCUGGGUUACGUUGGAUUUGGAUUCUCGCCCGAUGGCAACCUCGCUGGCUCCGACAUCGCCAUCGGCUGGGUAGACAAGGGUCAAACAUAUUUUCAGGACCGACACAUCCAGACAAAUGGCAACGCCGAACCGAAAGUAGAUCCAUCACAAGACUAUAUUCUCAUGUUGGGCUAUGAGAAUACUACGCAUACAGUUUUGAGAUUUCGUCGGAAACUAAACACAUGCGAUGCAAUGCACGACAUCGCCAUCACGAAUAACACAAUGCGACUCAUCUUCUUGUACCAAAGUCAUGACCCACCCAACGGAUCAGUUCUACCUAAUUUGGAAUCAGCUUUCCGACCUUAUCAUCCCAUGGUACUUGCUCAAAAAGCGCAACCCUAUUUUCGAAAGGACGAUCAAAUACGACAAAUUGAAUUGCGAAAUGAGGAUGUCGCGUUGCCGGGUGGGGAUAGCACUUUAUCUUGGUGCAAGAUGUUCAAAUUGGAAGAUAUCAAUCGGAAACACCACCUAAUACGGUACGAGCCCAUAUAUGACUCCUCGUCCAGCAUACAUUACUUGCAACAAAUAACGCUGUACGAAUGUCAAGGUUCCCAGCCAGACUUUGAGAAAAUGGCACGCGAACAAGGACGACAGUGUAUAGGCAAUAGGGAUUUGCCUUUAGCUUGUAAUGCCAUAGUUGCAUCAUGGUCUCGCGGAUCAGAGGGUUUCACAUUUCCCGAUGAAACUGGCUAUGCUAUCGAAUCACACAUUGCCAAAUACUAUCUAAUGGAAACACAUUACAACCACUUUCAACCGGAUUUGGCCCAGCAAUACAGUCGACAAAUGGCUGACAACUCGGGGUUAAGGAUAUACAUUACACACGUACUGCGUCCAAACGACGCCGGCAUACUAUCAAUUGGUAUGGACCCAAAUUGGCGGCACAUUAUUCCACCAGGUCAAAAGGAAGUCAUCUCCGAAGGGCAAUGUAUUGAAGAUUGUACAGCCUAUGCCUUUCCAUCGCAGGGCAUAAACAUCUUUGCGGUGAUGAUGCGAACGCAUCAAAUUGGCAAGGAAGUUAAGCUCAGACAGAUUCGGCAGACUGAAGAGCUUCCUCCAAUCGCAAUGGACACCAACAUCGACCCGGCAUACCAAGACUUUCGUCACCUGCCAUCACCGGUGCGGUCUAUGCCUGGUGAUCGACUCAUUGCCGAGUGCAUUUAUGACAGUUCCACACGGAAGGCAAUUACCCUCGGUGGCCUGACUAUGAAGGAGGAAAGUUGCACAGUACUAACACUGUAUUACCCGCGUCAAAAGGAACUUACAACUUGCCACUCUUUACCAAGUUUGCCAACAGUUCUGCAUUCGCUUGGAAUCGAGGAGCUCGCAACUGAUUCAAAUCCAGUUCUGAUUUCUUCACCACCGGAAUUGGCGGGCAUGACUUUGGAAGCACGGUUAAUAUCCUACGAUUGGCAAAAUCAGUUUGAUGAGUUCCAGGAGGCAACCAGAAGUGGAUCGUUCAAACCAUUAUGUUGGGGCGCAAAAAAUCAUGUAAUUCCAGGCUCUGAAUACCUCGAAGGAUACAGCAUAAACGUAACAAAAACCUUUAAGAAGCACCAAUACUGUAAGCCAAAGCAACGGUUAUUUGUCGCCGAGGGUGUGGGGCAAGCAGACCUUGAACUGCCAGUGCUUCAUGAAGUGGACAACAACAACAUCAUUGAAGGUGCAGCGCGUAGCAGCCGCAGCUCGGCAGCCACCGAAACGCAGGGAUUAAGCAAAGCCCAAGACUACAGUAGAAGUUUUGCGACAACUUUUUGGUAUGCGAGCGUUUUCAUUGUUCUACAGCGACACAACCGUUGGUCCCUAACAUGAAGCUCCUGCUAGGCGCUCCCACACAAAUUCCCCUUUCAUCUGACCAAGCGCCUGACGCUGACGUCAUUAUGUGUCCUCCACUCCACCCAAUACUCAGAUGAAUUAUGUAACUGAAUAAAUUCCUCGUUUUGUUUGUUACCUUAGUGUGUAGGAAGUUAUUGAUUAUUUUUAAUAUUUUUUCAAAAAAAAAAAAAAAAAAAAACAGAAACUUUUCGAACAAUUAGACUUACAGCAAUCAUAGUCGCAUUGCGACAAUGUUCGUUAAAACACACACACAUACAUACCUACAUAUGCACACUCACACUACCAUAUACACUGUCAUAUACACAAAUGCAAACAUAAAAGUAGCGAUAAUCAUAAAAUACUCCAAAACUAUAAGCAUUAAAAAAUCGGUGAAACUUAAAUGGAAAGCAAUAAUUAGUUAUCGAAUACUCGUUUGUAGCUCGAUAUUAUAUUAUUAUACAUACAUACAUACAUACAUACAUAUUAUAGAAUACUCGUAUUUAGUGUGUAAAACCGUUACUUUGCAUGGAAUACAAUACAAUAUAUUUUAAGAUGAAAGCGAAAACAUACUAAAUCUAGAAAUAUUAAAAAACUAGAAAGAGAAUAGUGUUACUUUGUGUGAAAAAUACUCGUAAAUUAGACCUAACUAGAAACUACGUAUCUGACUUUAAACCAUAUAAAAUAGAAACACUUAGUUAGCAUAUACGUAAGAACGCAAUUCGAUUUGUAUGUUAGAAUAUACAUAUGUACUUACACACAUAUAUGUAUAUCUGAUAAAAUUUCUCGCGUUGACAUCGGAAUGAGUCUAAUCUCAUUCGAAGGCUUUCUUAUAUAUACAUAUAAUAUUUACGCACAGUAUUUCCGGGAUGAGGGCAUGCAGAAGACUUCCGCUUACAAGUACUAGUGAUAACAUUGUGUACCCGGUUAACCAUAACUAUGAGAAUGUUAAAAAUUUGCAAGACCUCAACAUGACUUUCAUUCAAAAUUCUCAAAACGCUUGUGCUCAUGUUCGAAAACUCUAGAAUAAUGAGCUUUGAAUGGUAGAUAUUUAAAUACGAGAAUUUCACUACCUACCCUAUUGAAAGUAAUUCCAUUUAUCAGUAAAAAAAAGUGGAGAUUUUAUUUAUUUAAAAAAAUGCAAAAUGCUUAUAUAAGCCAAUACCGAUGUCCAGAGAGUAAAAUGUCUUACUCUCCCAAAGAGCUUAAGCUGUUUGCUUUGGUAGUUAAAUUUGAGACCGUUCAACGGUUUGUGUUUUGUUUUCUGCAUAUAAGUAUUGGGUUGCCCCAAAAGAAA